AUGAAUAAGCAUUACAAUGGGAUAAAUUGCUGGAGAGUUGCCUUAGCUGCAGAAAAGAAACCAAACAUCAAGCUUGCGUUAGAGCAUGCGAAACUCCCUUCUGGUGUGAAGCUAUCACUUGCCCUAGAUUACUGGACAUCUCUAUUCCGACAGGCAUUUAUGGCGAUUACAGGAUACUUUCUCGAUGAGAACUGGGAAUAUCAUGAGAUAUUACUAGGAUUUGAACACUUACAUGGAUCUCAUUCUGGCGCAAAUUUAAGUGUAGUGCUCCUCAAGCUGCUACAGGAGCAUCAGAUCACAGAUCGAGUGCUUGCGGUAACCACCGACAACGCUUCGAAUAACAUUAGUCUCAUGCUGAGUCUUAAAGAUCUCCUUGGGAAGAUGAAGGCUGCUCCAAAGAUUGAUAUGGCUGAGCAGACAUGGUCUGAUGAUCGGGUGGAUAGUCUUUGUGCGAGGCAGCAGAAACGCGAGAUCGUGGACACUUUGAAUAAGGUUCGAAGCCUUGCGAUUUAUACCAACGCGAGUCCUCAGCGCCGAGAGUCAUUCUACAACUUGCAAACCAAGGAGCUAAAGCUUGUGCCAAUCCAGGAUGUUGCUACUCGGUGGAACUCCACAUUCUUAAUGCUUGUACGCGCAAAGAAACUCCAGCAGACCUUCGAUGCGUUCUGCUCUCAGUACGACCAAGAGCACUUUGCCUUGAGUCAGGAGCAGUGGCGGUAA